UAGAUGUGCCAUCGAUGGUUGUGCAGCCCUUGGGAACAAUAAAAAUAAUUUGUUGAAUUUUUGUUUGUGGUUUGUUAAAAAGCCAAAAUGGCCCUGGCAAACGUUCUCCUGCUCAGUCAGAUCGCUGGCCAUGUUAUCCUGUUCAUACUGUCGCUGUGCAUUGUGGUGCCGCUGUUUAUAAAUCUCGAUCAAUUUUGUGGACACUGUCUCCUCUUCACGACGGGAAAAUGGCGCGAGGAGGACGGCAUGUUCGAUGUGAAUUGGGCAUCGAAUGGCUUCUGCAACUUUCCACUUAUCACAGGGUUCUUCCUGCUCAUCAUAUCAGUGGUGCAAAUAUAUCGAUAUGCACGCAUGAAGGAGGAGGCUUCGUUUAUUGCACUGUUCAUUGAUGUCGUUUUGGGAAUUUGGAUGCUGGCCAUGUCAAUUCUGUCUGCCAUAUUCAUUACCCUAGGCUUUAUCGUCUGGUGCGAUGGCAUGACCGAACGCUUCCCAUCCUGCGAGAUAUCCGCUGGCCAGAACAUUAUACGCGGCGACACGGAGAAGAUUAAUACCUCGGGUUUCUACAUUGAAAUGGGCACCACACAGUUUGGAGCCUGGGGAUCAUUUGCCAUUUGUGUGGGCAUUGGCGUCAUCGCCUUGCUGAAACUCAUCGACAACCAUCAGGUGCGCAACAUCAAGGUUUCCAUGUACCUGGAGCGACAGCGCCUGGUCAAUCAGCAACAAUUCGAUGGACGAUCCACGCCUCCCAUUGUCUCGAACGCCUCCUCCGAUUCGGAUAACAACAAAUAGUUGGCACCGGAGACGAGCCAGCAGUUUGUAAUUCUAUACGUAUUUCUCAUCAUGUGCGUUAUAAUCAUAGUAUGUCACUUAGUCCUCGUUCUUACCAUAGAGGUGGAAAUUAAGCAGCGGCACACCUACACUCCAAUGCGCAUGUAGUGUUGUGCCCAGUACUAACUAGAGAUAUUGAAUCUAUUAUUUAAGCCACUUACGUGAUAUGUAUUGUAUAUAUUAUAUUGUAUGUAUUUUAUCAAAUAUUCCAUGUUAUACAUAUAGCCAAAUAAAUUGAAUAAUAUUAACAAUGUUUGUGUGGGAAUCAGAAAUA